CUCGAAUUGAUCUGACUCCAAGGACAGCUUUCAUCAUGGAAAUACAAGAUAUUGAAUACACAGAGAGACACAAAAAGACAUUUCAAGACAUCAGGACUGGCCACAAGGUAAUCGAUGGCAUCCAGCUCCACGACGCCAAAGUGGUCGAGUACGAACCCCAAAGCGGCACUCCAGAUAGCUUCACCGUGCAGGGCACAUUCGAUCUGUAUGGCCGGGUUCGGGCGGAAAUCCAGAGCACGUAUUCUGUCGACGACCCCAGAAUCGAAUACAAGGUCGCCUUCCGUGGCCAACUGUCUCUCCAAACGCUCCUUCCUUUUUUCGAUAACGAAUUCAAUACUGUCAAACUGCAGGAUACGAGCUUGGUUUACAGGUCUCGCGCUAUUUGGGAAGAUGAGCUGGCAGGGUUGGUGGUCUCUACCACGGUGCUUUUCUCAGGCCCCUUGGACUUUAUCAAUGCUCUUCUUCGAAAUGUUUUCGGCCAGGAAAAGCCUCAUCUGGAGUUCUCGGGGCUACUGAGUACCCGUUCAGAUUGUCUAAGGCGCAUUCCAAAGCCAAUUGGAUUCACUCUGCGCGGAGUUAUUCCUGACAUGGGCGUUUGCAUUUUGGAUGUGUUGAAAAUCACAAACCUUGGGAUCGAUCUCACAUGGAUUCGACGUGGAUCUCAUGGUGGCUACGACGACGCAUAUGGCUUCUUUGGGUCGGGAAGCAUCGAAUCUGUGGAUGUUGAUUGGUAUAUCAGCAAGUACGGUGAUUCGUACUCCCUCAUGAUUGUUACUCAAAGUGAGAACUGGAAGGAUAUGGGGGGGAUAAAGGGUGUUGAUGUGGACAAUGUCACGCUCACUACGGCCUGGAUAGGAACCAAGAUCUCAUCAGUCAUACUGGAACUGGAAUGUACCAUGGCCCUACGUGAGGCAACGGUACUCCUCCAAGGAUAUUACUCCCGAGACAUGAUCGAAGUUUGCGGUGUCCUCUAUGACUGCUCCCUACAAAAAAUCCUGGAUCUCUAUGAAGACGUAUUUGGCACCGCCAUCACAGCCAAUACUGACCAUGAAAUUUCCUUUUCUGCACUUUGCGUCCGUGUCUACCGGGGAGAAGACGGCUCUGGUCUCUAUCUGCAUGGAGAAGUCACAGUGGAUGGACAUACAUCAGCGGAUGCCACUAUUUCCCUCAGCUCUGAAGGAAUCACGAUCGGAGGAGCCAUUGAGUCUUUUGCAGUCUGUGAUGUGAUGAUUGACUCUUUAUCACUGGACCUCAGCAUCGGGAAGCAUCACUUUUCGGUUUGCUUCUCGGGGCAGGUUCUCGUUCACAAGUACGCCUUUGCCGUGUCUGUCUUUUUGGACAAAUCCUCAGGGAACGCACUCAAAUACACCGUAUACGGUGCCGCCUCAGGAGGCGUCGAGCUAAGCCGUCUUUUUAACGGCAUUGAAGGCAGUUUCCUCGAUUUAAGCAUUGAGCAGCUAGCUGUGUGCGUCAGCAAUCAGGAUACUCCGACACUUGGCCCCGCGGUAACUACCAGGGGAGAAACUUUGAAACGGGGGUUCUCUGUCUAUGCGGAUGUAAAGACGCCAGAGGCUAUUGCCAGUCUGUUGAAAGACGGCGGACCUCAGGAAGUUACCUUCUUUGGUCAUUGCCAAAGUGGAAAGACGGGAUUCGGAGCUGAUAUUGGGAUUCUGAUAGCUACUGGUCAUCUCGGCUGGGCGUGGACAUUCAGAGAGUACAAGGAUCAAUGCAAGGCGAUGAAAGGAGAAUGGGUCAAUCCACUGGGUCUUUGCCAAGAUCUUACCAUCUACCGCCUGGGAUUCGAGCUCGGAGUGAACUAUGAGGUGUUUAUCGCAACCGGUCUACCAUCUGAGCUCGGCCUACAAGGCAAGUUCAAGCUCCAUGAUUUCGAGGGCAACUUGAGCAUGUUUCUUUUAGAUGACUCCACGGACCAACUGCUAGAUCUCGAGCUGAAAAAUCUCGAUGUUGCAGAGAUCGUCCGUGCAGUUGGUCAUCUUCUGGACGAAGAUAUCCGUCUUUACCAAGGAUCAAAAACAUUCUAUGUCCACGUCUUGAAACUUUACUUUUCGACCGGCAUGACAUUCUUGAAUGAGGAGUAUCCUGCUGGAAUCAAAGUCAAGGCCGAUUUGACGUUGUUCGAGAAGAAAGCCUUGGUUGGCGGUGAGGUGACAAGCGACCGAAUCAAGUUCCUUGGUACUAUCAAUCGAUUCAUCAUUGGAGAUAUGGAGGUUCGCGGUGCGCAUGGUAAAGACCCUCGGGUUGACAUGGAGCUUUCACAAAGCACAAAGCGGAUAGAUAUCGAUGCCAUGGUUCACUUUGGCUGGGACAACCCCGACGACGGUGAUGGUUCGUAUGAUGACGACCCUGAAAAUGUCUUUAACGUCGUCAUCUACCUCCAUGUUGAUCUGGAGAAGCAGGAGUUAGACUUUGAUUUCAAACUCCGCAUUCUGGAUUAUAUUACUGUUAAAGCCAUUGCCACCUUGAACGGGCCAAUGCCAAAAGUAGCCAUUCGUCAAAGCCAGGAAGAGUCCACUACGAUAGGAGGCUCUCUGGAAGGAAGGACCUUCAGAAUCUAUAUCAAAAUGACACAGAAGGAAGUCGGCUUUUUCCCAACACUAGUCAAUCAUGUCACUAGUGAGAUACUGAGAUAUAAGAAAGAAGAUGCGAGGAUAGUAAAGGACAUCAUCGACCGGUUAAGUCCAUUCCAGAAGCCCCUCCUCCAAAUCACAUCAAUCACCAUCCAGAGCGAAGAGUGGACGGUGGGAGCGAAGCUUCAGGGAGACGUCACAGCCACCAUCGCCUACCAUCUGCCAUGCUCUUUCAGAUUUGACUUCCAGAUCCAUUGGUUCACCGGGCCCUUUGUGGACGUUUUGAAGUCCCCCCUAAUCGAAGCGAGCGAGUCUAUCCAAAAGGCAGUCGAACACCUUUCGGACGGCAUGGAACACUUCCUCGACCUUGCACGGGAAGGGUUCCUGGAAUUUACACAGGACACAGGGAAGUUUGUUCUGCAAGUCGUCCAAGACCUGUUACCUUCACUUGAUGGCAAAACACUCGGGGAGCUCACCAAGGGAGGUGUGCUGGGAACCGGCAUCUCGAAAGAGGACUUUGAGCGAUUAGCGGAUGAAUUUCCUGGGUAUUGGCCUUUUAUACUGAAAGCGCUGGCGGAGGUGACCGAUCCUGAGGGGAAAUCUCUUGACGAAAUUGCAAAAGAUGUGGUUGCGAAGAUGGUGGUGCCUCUGCCUGUGCAAGUUGUAUUUCCAGACGUGGCAAAGAAGGUAGAAGACUUUGUUCGGGGGCUGUUUGGAUAACUUCAUUGUGGAUGCGACAAGUCUAACAAGUAUAAAAAUAGAGAAGAGCUACAAAUAAAACAACAAAAAGAAACCCCGAAAAAAGAAUAACAUACAACAGUCGGAAUUCGCUGGUGGUCGCCCAAUUACUAACCUGCCUGUAUAUAGUGCAAGUAUAGCUAAGUAG